AACCCAUCUCCGAACCUCGGCGCCGCGUUUUCGUCGUCGAUUUGACUUCGAAAAAUCAUCAAGAAAACGAAUCUCACCCCAAAUUAGAUGGAAAAGUCUCUUUAGAGGUGGUGGCAGCUGGGAACCCUAAAACACCUCAACCUUCUCCAUUAACACCUCAACCUUCUCGUGUCACCAAACCCAACCGGUACCGGAACCGACGCGAUUGGGGUUUAACCGGUGGAGAUUCGGAGAUAGAAGAAGGUGAAAUUGUUCAACCUGAAGAUGAACGUUACACCCCCCCCCGCCUUUUCCACGUCACCUCCAGACCUCGAGUCACCGACCCCCCGCGUCCUCCUCGGUUACCAGAAGGUGAUGAUUUCCUUUCUCUUCACGCCGAUUCGGAUGAAGAAGUUGAUUUUGGUGUCGAAAAUCAACCGGAUCCACGUUGGAAAACGAGUGGGAAUUCGGAUUUAAGGAGGAAGAUUUUAACUCAACGGCGUCUUCGCGCUCCUCAAACGUCACCUUCACCAUCAUCAUCUUCACGGAAGAAACCCAAACGUUCACGAGAACGAGGUGGGAGUGAGAAAAAACCACCUGAACUCAUCCCAAAACCUAAAGAUCAUCAUCAUCACCAUCAUCAUCAUCAUCGUUCUCGUUCUCGCCGUCGCUCUUGGUCGCGAAAUCGCCGCUCGCCUUCGCGAGAGAAACGACGUCGCAGUCGCCGCCGUCACCGUCAUCAUCGUCAUCGUUCUGGUAGCGCCGACCAUCACCAACGACCGCGACGGUCACGACAUAAAGAAAAACAUCGAAACGAAGGGAAAAAGAAGAAGAAACAACGGUCACGUUCUCGAGAACAUCCAAGAUCACGCGAAGGAACCGGGGAGAUCAAAGGAGGAGGAGGAGGAGAAUCGACGUCGUCGCGACGCCGGGAGACGCGUGGGGUGGUUCCACCAUCUAUCCAAGAACUUAAUGACGCUGAUCUUUUUGCUAUCAAACGAACUAUCACGAUAAAUCGAGGUGAAGGGUCACCAGAAACAACUAUUAAAAGAGAAAUUUUAUAUGAUUGUGAAAGUUUAGAAGGUUUUUCCGAUCGGGAAGCGUCGGAAUUAACGAUGAGAAACGGGAAAUCACCGAGAUCGGUGAUGGAAACCAAGAAAGAGAAGGAAAGGAAGAGGAAUCGAGGAGAAGAACGUUCAUCAAAUCGAGAGAAAUAUAAGAAAAAAUUAAAAGAGACACCUAGACCACCCCCCCCACCACUCCCAGUACCACCAGUAGAACCAGUAAAAGGGGAGAAGGAAAAACCCGCGCGCGGCGAGAGGGAAAAACCACCGCGGAGGAAUAAAAGUGGUGGCCAUGGAGAAGGAGGAGGAGGAGGAGGAGGAGGAGGAGGAAGCACCAAACCUUCAACAUCAAGAAAGGUGAAACUUCAAUCAAAAGUAGCUGUUUUUAUCCGGGAAGGUGUCACUUCCACCACGGUGACACCGGUGACGACACCGGGCUCAGGUGGAUCCAUCGGGGUGAAAUUCAGUCGAGACGCUGAAAAUCGAGCGCCUUUUCUUAAACCUGAAGAGAAAAAAGCUCCUAGUAUUGAAGGGGGGGGAAAAAAUGAACCCCCAAAAGAAAGUGGGGGGAAAAUGAAGAAAAUGAAAAGUUCCAAAGGGAAAAUUGGGGUGAAAAAAGUUAAAAAUGGAGGUGGGAAAAUGAAAAGUGGAGGUGAAACGAGGAAAAAAAGGAAAACUAAACCCAAAAAUUCCUUGAAGAAAUCCAAAGCCGAUAGUUGUAGUCAAGGAACUGGGACCCCCCCACUUCGUUUACCCCCCAAAAUCGAACCAUCUUG